AUGAUCUCGAAUUGUGAAUUGUGUUCAUACAACAAAAAAACAGGAAAUCAUAAUAAUGGGCUACAGAAGUGAAAGAAAUUACUCCAAGAGCUGCGUGGAAUAUUCUGAGAAUGAGGUUCUUAUAGAUGCACCACGAAAUGAGGAAUUCACAGAAGUUAGAGUAAAAGGAUUAGGUAUAGUUUCUGCAACGCUCUUCAUUAUAGGAGAAAUGGCAGGUAGUGGUGUCUUAGCUUUACCAAGAGCUUUAGUAAAUACAGGUAACAUUGGAAUCGUACUUUUGAUAGUAUUUUGUUUGAAUGCAGCCUAUGGUGGUAUUCGAUUAGGCAAUUGUUGGAACAUGGUGGAACAGAGGUUUCCAGAACAUAGAAAAGCUACUAGAAAUCCAUAUGCAAUUGUAGCUGAAAAGGCUAUAGGAAAAUUUGGUAGUCAUGUUGUAUCAAUAUGUAUUCGAAUAACACUCUUCGGUGCUGGAACCGUAUAUCUAUUACUUGCUUCACAAAUUAUACAGGAACUUCUGAGGGCAGUCGUACCUGAACUUAGUACGUGUUUAUACUUUUUACUGAUAUCAAUCCUGAUCACGCCAGUACUCUGGCUGAGCUCACCGAAAGACUUCAGUCUUGUAGGCGUAGGAGCAGUGCUGACCAUUGUCUGUUCCUGCAUUUUAUUCAAUAUUCAAAUAUUUUCUGAUGCAAAAACCAUUCCAACUGCUCCCCGACAAGUACAUGGAUUCCAUGAUUUUUUCAUUUCCUCUGGAAUGAUAUUAUUUUCUUUUGGAGGUGCAUCUACAUUCCCUACCAUUCAGAAUGAUAUGAAGAAUCGAAAGGAUUUUUCAAUGAGUGUUGCAAUAGCAUUCAUUAUUAUAAUGCUCCUGUAUUUUCCAAUUACAAUUGGAGGAUUCCUGGUUUAUGGAGAGGGAGUAAACAUAAAUCUAACAUUAUCCAUGACAAAGAAUUUGAUGGUAGAUCUGGGAAAUAUUUUGAUUGCCAUCCAUUUGAUUUUUGCAUUUCUUAUUGUUCUUAAUCCAGUUUUUCAAGAUGUUGAGGAAUCUUUCCAAUUACCAAAAAGGUUUCAUUGGAAGAGAUGUGUUUUUAGAUCCCUGGUUAUGGUAUUUGUUAUAUUUGUGGGAGAAAGUGUACCUCAAUUUGGCAAAAUCUUGGCUCUUAUUGGCGGUUCCACCAUUACAAUGACUACAUUCGUAUUUCCUCCAUUAUUUUACAUGAAGUUGUGUGAUCAGGAGAAUCCAAAUUGGCCAAAGAAAGUGAUUCCAUUGCAUGAAAGGGUCUACAUCUGGGAACUGAUUGUAAUAGGUUUAAUUGGUGGUUGUGCUUCUACAUAUAGUGCAAUUAUAUCAAUAUUUGGGGCUUAUUCCUUUACUAGGCCUUGCUAUUAGUGAUAGUGACAUUCAAUAUUUGAACUUCUUAGAGAAGAUAUAGACAUUGUUCACUUAGUCAAAAUACUUGGAAUCUUUUGGAAGGUGAAUUUAUGCAAGAUCAAAUGGUUCUCUUUGGAAAAUAAUUUACCUGGAAUUUUUGUAUAGUACGUUAAUGAGAAUGUCAACUUGCAUGAACCCACUUUAUCAUCAGAAAUUAGAAUAAUAAAUAUACUUAC